AUGUCCUUCGCCGGCGUAUCCGUCGUUGCCGAUGGCAAGCUGCUGCAGCCAUCCGCGGCGUCGGCCAUGUCCUACUCCGGCACGGCCAGCGGCAGAGGGUAUCACCUGCUUGUGGUCGAAGGUUACUCCCGCGUCAAGGACCUGCCCACUGGAGAAAAAAUCAUGGGUCGCUCUUUCAGAGCCGGAGGAUACCAAUGGGCUCUGAUGCUAUGUCCCCAUGGUUGCCUGGGGGAUGGCAGUUCCAUGUGCGUUUAUCUUGCCCUUGGCCAGCAGGUUGCGCAGCCAGUGGAGGUGCAUCUCCAAUUUAGUUUCAUGGAUGGGUUUGACAAGCAAGAGCCUGCAUGCAUUCGUGCAAUUAAAACAUGCGACUUCUCUAACACCUACAAAGUCCGGGGUGAACAUCAUUUCAUGAAAGGAAAGGACCUUGAGCAGUCUGGGCAUCUCAAGGAAGAUUGUCUCAUCAUCCGGUGCGAUUUUAUCAUCGCUGAAGCUGCCGAUGCUCCUCCAUUCGUUAAGGUGCCGCCAUCUAAUACUCCCACCAUUCCUAAAUGGAGUAUGUGUCAGCAUCUGAACCAUCUCUUUGCAACCAAAGUUGGCGCCGACGUGAUGUUCAAGGUCGGCGAUAAGGAGUUCGCCGCUCACCGAUGUGUGCUUGCGGCCCGUUCUGUUGUCUUUAUGGCGGAGCUCUUCGGCCCCAUGAUGGAAGGCACUACAACCGGUGUCAUACAAAUACAAGACAUGGAGCCAAACGUGUUUCAUGCCUUGCUUCGUUUCAUCUACACCGACUCAAUGCCCGAGAUGAUGAAGGUGGGAGGAGAAGAGAGAACCGAGGUUACGGGCCUGCGACACUUGCUUGCUGCGGCGGACAGGUAUGAUCUCCAAAGGCUCAAGUUGAUGUGCGAAGAGAGGCUGUGCGGGCUUAUAGAUGUGAGCUUGGCGGUGGCCAUCCUUGGUGUGGCUGCACAACACCAUUGCUGCGGACUGAAGGAGGCCUGCCUGGAGUUCCUCAAAGUCCAGUCCGCUACAGACUUGCGAGGAGUCAUGGCGACCAGUGACUGGGAGCACGUUGCUGCAACUGAUCUCUCUGUUGUGAAUGAGCUCAUCGCUAGGCUUGCUUCGAAAGUGUAG